CGAGGGGGUGGGCUUGUCGCAGUGUCCGGCGUGCUCGCCACUGACAAGAGCGCGGAGAUGCCUGGCUGGGAGCGGAGCUGGGAGAGAGGCGCUCCCCAAGAUCGCCUCCCCCUCUCCCCGCGGCCAUGGCGGGCUGCUUAGCGCGCGAGCCCCCGCGCUGAAAAGUUGCCGCUGCCAUCCCCAUCCCCGUCAUGAGGAAGGGCCGCUCUCGGGGGGAAAAAGCGGGACCCUCGGGACUCUCGGUUCCCAGGAGCCUGGAGCAGCCCACCCGGGUCCCCCUAGAUGCUUCAAAGAGAAGAGCCUAUGCCGCGGCAGGGAGUGUGAGGGAAGCGGAAGAAGCGGGUCCAGGCAGCGCCGCCUGCAGGGAGCCGCCAGAAAAGGAUGUUGUAACAGAAUCCAUUUCUUUGCGCUGCCGAAAAUUCAGCAACCCUGACAUCUUUUCAUCUACUGGAAAAAGUAAACUCCAUCGUCAACUGAGUCAGGAUGACUGCAAGCUGCGGAGAGGUAGUUUAGCCAGCUCUUUGUCAGGAAAGCAGUUGCUUCCACUAUCCACAAGUAUGCACAGUGGAGUAGCACACUCAAUAGGGCAGCCAUCUGGAGAAUCAUCAAAUCUGGUCCGCAUGAGAAAUCAAUCACUGGGACAAUCCGCUCCAUCACUUACAGCUGGUUUGAAAGAAAUUAGGCCA